GUGAAAGAGGAUCGCCUGGCCCGGUAUAGGGACCUGGUCCGAGCACUCCUAAGGGAAUUGGAGGAAUUUCGUUUGACCAGGAUACCCCGGUCAGAAAACGCUGAUGCAGAUUUGCUUUCAAAAUUGACGCAAGCCUGCCCGGAGCAUGUGUCAAAAUUGGCGAAAAUUGAGACUGGACGUGCCGAGCACAGACCGGUUUGAAGUCGCGGCCAUCCAACCGGGCCAGACUUCAGCGACCGGGAUAAUCGGAGUAGAUGAUGACUGGAGGUACGAUCUCAUGGAGUAUCUGGAGACCGGUCAGAAGCCAGAUGAUGAGGAACGAGCCAGGAAAGUGGUCCUACGGGCUCCACGUUUUCAGGUAAUCGACGGUCAUCUAUACAAGCGAGCCAUUGGCGGACCUCUCCUACGUUGCCUUACCAACCCGGAGGCUGAACGGGUAAUAGCUGAGGUGCAUGAGGGAGUUUGUGCAGCCCAUCAAAUGUCCCGUACUUUGGCUCAAAGGAUAAUAUUGCUUGGCUACUACUGGCCGACCAUUAUUGGAGAUUGUGAACGAGUGACUUCAAGAAGAGCAACUAGAGAGACUCCUUUCGUGCUCACUUACGGAUGUGAAGCCCGGCUACCAGUGGAGGCAGAAAUUCCAACAUUUAGGGAAGCCGUGUACCAGCCCGGUCAGAAUGAGGUCGACCACCUCGCUGAGCUGAACCUGGUGGAAGAACGAAGGACCACAGCAGCUGUCAAGAUGGCCGGUUACCAGCAGUCAGUAAAGCGGUAUCAUGACAACCGGGUAGGCCCGCGAUAUUUCCAAGUGCAUGAUGAAGUUUUGCGUAGAAGGGAUGCUAGUAAGCCUAAUGAGAGGGGCAAGCUGGUACGUAACUGGGAAGGGCCCUAUCGCAUAAAAGCAAUCGUCAGACCCGGCACUUACCAGUUGGAAACUAUGGAAGGUGGCCGGGUCGACCGACAUUGGAACUCUCACCACUUACGUAAAUUUUAUAGAUAAAGUGUAAUGAGUUCCCAGAUAAUAAUAAAACUUUGUUCUUUCC